UAAUUCAGUCACAUUCCCAUUCGUGACAAGAGAAUAAAAAACCCCGCGCAUCCAAACAGACCCUCCCCCUUAAACCCUGUUUCUUUUUCUACUUCCUCCAAAAACCCUAACCAGAGAGAACACACACAGAGUUCAGCUAUGGCUUCCAUUGCUUCAAAAAACGCAAAGAACAAAUCAAAACCGAAAUCGAAAUCGAAAGAGAGACUCUCUCUGUCAGAGCUGAAAACCCUAGGGCACCAGCUGCUCUCAUCUCGAGCUCACAUCAACAACCUCCCUAUCCUCCUCUCACACGUGUCUCCGACCUCUCCUCCUCCACACGCUCUCGAAUCCCUCCUCUCUCUCCACUCCUUCUUCGCUCCCAUCCUCUCCGACCUCCCUUCUUCCAAGCCUUCUUCUACCAACCACCGCGAUGACGACCCUGAACUCAUCUACAACACUUGGGUCCGUUCCAAGUUCGAUAUCUUCGUCAAUUCCCUCAUUGACUUCGCCGCUUCUCCUCUCGCCGACGAAACCCUCAAAGAGGUUGUGUUGGAUACGAUGAUGGAGUUUGUGAAAGUUGCAAAUGGUGGGAGGUUUCACUCUGCUAUAUACCACAGGCUUUUACAUGCUAUUGUUCACUCCACGGUGCCAGUUAAUUUCGUUGUAGACUUGCUUGUGUCGAAGUACUUCAAGUACAUUGAUGUACGUUAUUUUACCUACAUUAGUCUGGAAAAACUUGCUAGAACUUUGGAGGAAAAAGACAUUUCUGAUCACGGAGAUGUGAAUGCAGACAGCAACGAUGAGAGUCAUUCAAAAUCUAGCUUGGAGAUUUUUAUUCACAAUAUACAUUAUGUUAUAUCGCACAUCCCCCCACUUGAAGGCUCAGAUGAAAAAUCAGAUUUCGAGAUGUGGAGCAGAUCAGGAGGUGAUAGUAAAGAGCUCUCUGGGAAUCCAAAGGCAGAAGAUAAACAGCUCCAUACUGAGAAGAACAAGAAUAAUGUGUUGUCUGCUGCCAAAAUUGCCAAAAAGAUGAAAUUAAAAUUUACAAAAGCAUGGAUUUCAUUUCUUAGGUUACAGCUUCCACUUGAUGUAUACAAGGAGGUUCUUGUGACUCUUCACCAGGCCGUCAUUCCUUAUCUGUCUAAUCCUAUAAUGUUAUGUGAUUUUUUGACAAGAUCAUAUGACAUUGGUGGUGUUGUCAGUGUCAUGGCUCUUAGCAGUCUCUUCAUCCUCAUGACACAGUAUGGUUUAGAGUACCCUAACUUUUAUGAAAAGCUUUAUGCUUUAUUGGUCCCUUCUAUCUUCAUGGCAAAACAUCGGGCAAAAUUUUUCCAGCUUCUUGAUUCUUGCUUAAAGUCUACACUUCUCCCGGCAUAUUUGGCAGCUGCUUUUGCUAAGAAAUUGAGUCGGCUGUCGCUUUCAGUUCCUGCUUCAGGAGCAUUGGUUAUUAUAGCUCUGAUUCACAAUCUUUUACGAAGACAUCCUUCAAUCAACUGUUUGGUGCACCGGGAAGUUCAAGAGGAAACCGCAAAAGAAACAGAUGCAGAUAUGUCCAGCAGGAAACUAGGCAUUGAUCAUUUUGACAAUGAGGAAAGUAAUCCUAUAAAGUCCAAGGCCAUGAAAAGUUCCCUUUGGGAGAUUGAUACCCUCCGUCACCACUACUGCCCUGCUGUCUCAAGGUUUGUUUUAUCACUUGAGAAUGACUUGACAGUCAGAGCUAAAACGACUGAAAUGACAGUUCAAGAUUUCAGUUCUGGUUCAUAUGCAACAAUUUUUGGGGAUGAGAUUAGGCGAAGGGUAAAACAGGUUCCACUGGCAUUCUACAAAGCUAUUCCCACCUCUUUGUUCUCAGAGUCUGAUUUUCCUGGUUGGACUUUUAAACAUGAUGGCAAGGAAACAAUUGAUGGCAAUGAUGAGAAACAGAUUACUAAUAUAUCCGAUGAAUGUGAUAAUAGUUCUGCAAAACGACAACGGGUAGAGAAUUCAUGAUCCAAAUGCAGUUUUCUGUGCAUUUGUAUACGUUGUUCAUUAUAUUUGAGUUCCAUUUUCCUCUUCGGGUUAGGCUUGUAUUUCUUUUUGCCAAUGGGUUAGUAAUUUUGUCGGUAGGUUUUGCUCUGCUCUGCUGCCAAUUAUUUGUUCCUUACAAGUGUACUACAAUUUCUUUGAAAUGAAACCAAAAAACCAAAUGAUAAAUAAAAUAUUCUCUUUAAGGUGCAUCAUUGGAAAGUGAU